AUGGGCUGCGAGCAACAUUGUGUGGCUGGCCCGCAGUACUGUCCCUGCAUGCAACAGUGCCAGCAAAGUUGCCCGUCCGGUAUCCAAACACUCGCGCAGCAGCAGCAAGCGUGCAUUCCGCAGUGCCACAGUCAGUGCCAGCAGUUUUGCAAGCAGCAGCAAUCCGUGCAGUGCAAUACAGAGUGCGAGCAGCAAUGUGCCCAAAUAUGCAUUAUGUUGCCCGAUGCACAGCAGCAGCUACCUCAUUUCCCUCUCUAUCCAUAUCCAAAUUUACCUCCUCAACCCAUACCGUAUCCAUACUCCUAUCCGAAUAACCGUAAAAGUGAGCAGCAGCAGAUCUAA